UGCAACCAGGGCGCUUUCAGCAACUCCUAGAUGCGUUCCAUAUACUUUCACAUUCGGUUAUGGCUUGUCUGACAGUGCACCUUGAAGCUAGGCUAUAGGCUUCCCUGCCUAGCGUUGGACAAAACUUCAAAAUCAUUAAUCGUUCAUCAUCUUCUGUAGUGAUCAGUGACCAUAUGGCCAGGAAAAAUGAUAGCUCCGGGGUAGGAUCCUGUAUUAAUGGGUCAUACUCCGGUGGAAGCGAGAAGGAUGUGCAAGGCUCGGACCAGCAUAGAAGCAGGACAGCCCACGACCCCGAGAAAAACCUAAUUGACUUUUCAACUGUGGGGCCUAGCGCAGCUGGUACCUCUGGCUCUGGUUCCAGGAGGGGGUCAGCUGCAGCUGCAGCUGGAGCAAAGGACGGGUUUUCAGGAGGCAGAGAGGACAACAAGUGGCAACAGGGUUCAAGUGCUGCUUCUGGAAUAACUGGGGAGACACCCAAACCUUCAAGCGCCUCUGGUUCUGAUGACAGGGGUAGAUCUGAUGAAGGGACUUCAGGAGGCAGAGAAGACAACAAGUGGCAUGGGACCUCAGGUGCUGCUUCCUUGAGCAUCAGGGAGGCACCCCGAUGGAAUACCAGGACGGUUAAGGACUGCAACGUAAAACUAGCCUCGCUAUUUUACAGCGCAGACCACAUCAUACUGAUAGAUGUGAAUGAGUUUAGAAAUACUAAAAAACUGAAAGCCAUGCAUGGAACGCCAUUGUGGGAUGCCUUGCAUGUGAAAAUGCCACAUGCCAACGAAAACAUCUUCAAAACAAAGUCCACGUUUUUGGGUAACAUUGAGACACAGUCGCGUUGGAGCGCCAUCUCUAAACAACUGAAGAAGCUUCGAACAGGCUCAAUGACUGUGGCUGAUAUUGAGAAAGUCAUUAAGUCGUAUAACCCACAGUACAGCUCCUGGUCCUUCGAAGGACUUCAGAAAUACGUAGAGAAAAUUCCGAGAGAAGAGAAAGAGAUCUUUUUUAAGGUCAUUCCCAAAAUGGCAGAGUUGGCUCUAAAGCUGACAGAAAAUGUUCAGAGGGGCCUUCCUCUGCUUAAGCAGGGUAGUAGCUAUUCCAUCACUCUCUCCCAGAUCCAGAUCGCCACCCUGUUGGCCAAUGCUUUUUUCUGUACCUUCCCUCACCGCAACACCACUGCUAAGAACGCAGAAUACAGCAACUACCCUACCAUCAACUUCAGCAGCUUAUUUGGUAAUUUUUCUCAAACCACAAUGGAGAAACUGAGAGCCAUCGUGCAUUAUUUCAACACUGUCACCUGUCAAAGCUCUCGGCCACAGGGGCUGGUCACCUUUCAGAGAUGUUUCAUCCCAGAUCAUCAACUUCCCCGCUGGAGACAGCGGAACGAACACCUGGGAAAUGUCCGUGUAACGUCUGAGGGCACCAUUGAAAAGGAGGGCAGAGGGAUGUUGCAGGUGGACUUUGCCUGCAGUAUGGUGGGAGGAGGCGUGCUGGGCUCUGGGCUGGUACAGGAGGAGAUCCUCUUCCUCAUGAACCCGGAGCUGAUUGUGGCCAGACUCUUCACAGAGAAGCUCAGCGAUAAUGAGUGCCUCAAGAUCACAGGAGCCCAGCAGUACAGCGAAUACACAGGCUACAGUAGUAGCUUUGAGUGGAGUGGACCCCAUAACGAGAACCUGGAAAGAGAUAAUUGGAUGAGGCUUCAUCGUCAGAUAGUUGCCAUAGAUGCUCUGAACUUCAAACAUCCGAAGGAGCAGUAUCAGAUGAAAAAAAUUAAGCGCGAGCUGAACAAGGCUUUUGUUGGGUUCAGAGAGGAAGGCCGUUUUGCUCAACUCCCAACUGUUGCCACAGGAAACUGGGGUUGUGGGGCCUUCCAUGGAGAUCCCAUCCUCAAAGCUCUCAUUCAGAUGAUGAGUGCCGCUGUGGUGGAGAGAGACAUGGUGUUCUUCACUUUCAGAGACACACACCUGGAAAGGAGACUGCGGAAUAUGCACACACUUCUUAAAGAGCGCAAAUCCACCGUUGGAGACUUGUACACUAUGCUGGACUUCUACUGCCAAUCAAGCAGGCCACAAGAGGACCUUUAUCAGUUCAUACAGACUUACAUGAACAACAAAAGUUCACUCUGAAUAGGCCGCAAAACUGCCGAGCCUGAUGCCUAAUACACAAAGCCACAUACUGCACUACUGAAACAUUAAAUUAACAUGUGCCAAAUUUGUGCCUUAUGUAAUUUGGACAUGUUUAAAGGAUUUAACAUUCCUUUUUAAAAAAGGGGAUCUGGAUGCAGACAGAAACGUUAUACAGUGGAAUGAUUAAAGGAGGUCUUAAAAAACACCCAAA